AACACAAUGGACCCGCAACUACGACCUCGGUUCUUCGACGCUGACCCAAACUCCGCAGAUGCAGCAAAACGCUGGAAUCACUGGUUUCGUACCUUCGAAACCUAUCUGAAAACCGUCGAAUCUUCUAAACCCGACAAACUUGAAACUCUCAUCCACUUUGUGGAUCCAUUAGUAUACGAUCACAUUGCUGAUCACACCGACUAUGAAUCUGCAAUCGCCACGUUACGGAAAUUAUAUGUCCGUCCAAAAAAUGUCAUAUAUGCACGCUACCUGCUACAGACCUACAAACAGGAGAGUGGACAAGAUAUCGAUCAGUUCGUACAAAAACUGAAAUCAUUAGCCAAAGACUGUGAGUUUAAAUCUGUGUCUGCAACUGAAUAUCAAGAUGAGUGCGUGCGUGAUGCUAUAAUUAAUGGCCUGGCGUCCACAUCCAUCCGCGAGAAGCUUCUAGCACAAAGCGAACUCACUCUGGACCAAACAUAUCAGCUGGCUAGAUCCCUCGAAUUGGCUCACAAACAGUCACAGUCAUAUGUUAGUAACGAACCCAUAUCUUGCUCUACGAUUCCACCCAUUUCACAGAAUCCCGAACUGCGUGUUGAUCCCACCACUGCUGCUGUAAAAUCCAUUCAGACAUGUUAUUUCUGCGGUUAUGAUGCACAUCCUCGUCCAAAGUGCCCCGCUCGCGAAGCCGUCUGCAAUCUUUGUGGUAAACGCGGUCACUUCCGCCGCGUGUGCCGUUCAAAAAAUACCUCCAAGUUCCACACAAGUUGUACAACAAAGCCUACUUUAUCGUCAUUAUUCGUUGCAGCAGCUCCUACCUGCCUGGCGCAUGCCAUCGCAACUAUCGAAGUCAAUGGCAUCACUCUCCGUGCUCUGGUCGACACAGGGAGUUCUUGCAGUUUCAUUAACGCUAAGGUCGUGAAACUGCAUAAUUGGAAAAUUUAUCCAACUUUCUCAGUCGUCACAAUGGCGUCUACAUCCCUAUCUUGUCGAACGACUGGUUACGCUUGUGUUUCUGUCCGAUACAGAGAUACCUCAUACAGUGAACUGAAGCUCUUUGUAAUGCCAAACCUCUGCACCGACGUUUUACUCGGGCAUGACUUUCUAGGUCUACAUGGCAAGGUAGAAAUUUCAUUCGGCGGGGAUCGUGAUGCGCUCACCAUCUGCGGCCUGACGGCUGUAAACGUUGAAUCACCAUCACUUUUCGCCAACUUGUCUCCAGAUUGCAAAUCCGUACUUCACCAGUGCCUUCAGCGUAUUGCUGCUCGCCCGACACGAGUCUACAUGAUUUUAAACGAUCUCAAGACGACCUUCAAGCUUCAGACCACCGGAAUUUCUCUGAACAUCUCCAAGAAGCCUUCCAAGUCGCCACCCAAUCUUCCGCAAUCGAGCGGGCCAAAUUCAACGGAUUUGGACGCUAGUGACAACAAACUAGCUUCCCCUGUGCUUCUCCAAACAUUUGAGGGGCCCUCUCAAACAUGUGUUCCCACUUCGUUGAACAAUACGACAUCCGCCGAUCAUCUUGAGGAUGAUGACGUCAUCAUUUUGGAUGAACCACCUCCUGCAGAGACUGCUCACAAGUCUCACUCUCCUCCUGUGCAGUCAGCUGUCCCCUCCACAAGUAGUCAUCCCGACUCCCCAAGACAGCCUUGCUCACAGGCGACCUUGGACACCUCCAGACGUUCAGUCGUAGAACGGUUGGAGCAUUUAUUAUCCCGUCUCAGCAAGGCAAUUCGAGCACUAGAAGAGGAGGAAUUGGAUAUGGACGCUCUGGAAUCCAGCAACUCUCCAUACUUAAAAUUGGACGGCCUAAAGCGCCGCUACUUGCAGGUCUGGCAUCGCCUAUGUGACGCUCGAAGGAUGGCUCGCAUAUCGGGUCGGAUUGUGCGUCGUCGAUUCACAUAUGCAGGAUGUAAAUACCCAAGUGUUAAUUCUCGUAUUGAAUACCUGGUGAACGACAGGAGAAAAUUCCCAGACUACACUGAUAUACGGCGAAUAGUGUCGAGCGUAAAUCGCGAUGAAAACUUGGAACUGGGCUCCUCCGCUGUAAGCGAUUUGGCCCGUGAGGUAUUCAUUGAUGUGGGACACCUGCUCAAACGUCGACGACAAGAUGAUCUGCGCCAAGAUCUGGGAUGUCACCUCACGGACGACUUGCAGGAAGAAGAUGAUCCGACCUACUACGACUCUACUCUACGACGCCAGUUGGCACACAACAAGACAGUUGGCGAGCUUCGACUUAAUGCUGUCUUCGACAAAUAUGUUCAAUUACAAAAUGCCACCACACCGCCGUUGGUGAAUGAGGAUACAGGCGGUGUGGAUGGUAGUGACCGCAAAUCCUCGUGUAAAUCAACAGAAGUUUCUCGUAUAAUUUCGACCAAUGACGAUCACUCGGACUCGGAUGACAGUGAUGUAAGCCGCAAAGUAGACGAACCCCCAAAGUCCAUCUCCUACGAAGUCUUGUCCCUUAGUUCAGAAUCUGACACGGAUUGUUCUAAGCUAACUUCUGUCCGACCUGAUCAGUCAACUUCGGGUACUACCCCCAAACAGCAGCCUGCUUCCCCAAUCAUCAACCUCACUGAGGAUGAUAGUAGUACACCGUCUGAUCACUCCGAAGGUAUGGCGAUUGUUCCAGUUGUGUUGUCUGCUCCACCAACUUCGGAUCACAGUAUUUUACCCGCUCAGUCGAACCUGCACAACCACACUAGGCGAACGAACUUCUCAAUGUUCAACCCCUGUCAGCAAUUUUUCCAUCCAUCAGUUCCAAUGAUUCAUCAAACCCAACAUGCUAGUCAAACAGUCACACUAACUCGUCAGUUUGGAUGUAACGGAUUAGGGUCGAUGUUGAGCACAACUCAUCUCAUGUUUGCGGAUGAGGCGAUUGAGGUAGUAGACAAAUCCGUUUACCUGGGUAGCUGUAUCAGUCCCAGUAGUCCGGCGAAAGAUGAUAUUUCCAUCCGAAUUGGGAAAGCCAGGGCAGCUUUUGUGAACUUGCGUCACCUGUGGCGUAGACGUGACAUCAGCUUAUCCGUCAAGGCUCGAGUUUACAAUGUUGCGGUGCGCUCCAUACUACUAUACGGGUCAGAAACAUGGGCCUUGCGCACUGAGGACGUCAAAAGACUUUCAGUGUUCGAUGUCGGAGCAUUGCCCGAGUCGGGUGGGAACACCAGAGAAGCAAUCCUG